AUGUUGAACGUCAUCGGGCAGGGUGGUGAGAAUGGGGCCUGUGAAGUGAUUGCAGCGAGAAAUCGUGAAAACACAGCUUCAAGCUUGCUGCAGGAUCACUAUCUUGAUUCGUCUUGGAGAACUGAUAACAGUCUCCCAUGGACAUUGGACAGCAGCAUUAGUGAAGAAAACAGGGCUGUCAUUGAGAAAAUGUUGCUGGAAGAAGAAUACUAUUUGUCUAAUAAAUCACUUUCUGAAAAAAUAUGGCUCAAUCAAAAGGAAGCAGAGAAAAGAUCUCUGAAAAGCCCACAUAAGAAAGCUGGAAAAGUCACGGUGCGAUCGCCUACAAAAUCAGCUAGCUACCCGUUAAAGUGGACAUCUGAAGAGAAGGAACUGUUUGAACAAGGACUGGUGAAAUUUGGCCGCCGGUGGACGAAAAUUGCCAAGUUGAUUGGAAGUCGUACUGUUCUACAAGUGAAGAGCUACGCUCGGCAGUAUUUUAAGAACAAGGCAAAAAACGGUGAUGCUGAAAAAGAAGAGCACAGUCAGUGUGGGAGCAGUCUUCCCAUUGAUGAUGGGAUAAGGGUAGAGGCAUGGUCGUCUGGAAGCUUGAGAGGCCGUGCAGACCCCAAUCUGAAUGCAGUGAAAAUUGAAAAGCUGUCGGACGACGAAGAAGUAGACAUAACUGAUGACAUGGAUGAACUACUUUCUUCUACCUUCCAGCAAGAAACUGGAAAAUCUGAAUUAGCUGUUAUUUCAAAAAGUCCAGUUGAAGAAACAAAAGGAGCGGAGCAUGUUUCUUCAUCUGUCAGACACAGUUCUGCAAUUUCUUUACCUAAAGAAGAUCCUCAACAUACCAAGCAAGAUACAGUAGAUGCAUUGGUAUUUCCAGGUGUUGCAGCAACAUGUUCUCAGCGCCUGAAUGGUGAUAAAUCUGUGAAUUUAGAUUACCAGCAAUACAAUAAUUUUAUUGAGAAAGCUGAACCAGGCAGACCAGUAACAUCUCGUGGUACUAGACAAGUAACUGAUCAGGAGCUUAAUGAGGACCAGAGAGACCUGGCUGGUAACGGGUUGCUUUUUCCUUCUCCCUGCCGAGUGGAAGAAGAUCAUCAAGAAGAAGCAGAGGAGCUUAAGCCACCUGAUCAAGAAGUGGAGGUUGACAGAAGCAUCAUUCUGGAAGAAGAAAAGCAAGCUAUUCCUGAAUUCUUUGAAGGGCGCCAGGCCAAGACACCAGAGCGUUAUUUGAAAAUUAGGAAUUAUAUUUUGGAUCAAUGGGAGAGGUGUAAACCCAAAUACCUGAAUAAGACUUCAGUACGCCCGGGCCUUAAGAACUGCGGUGAUGUUAACUGCAUUGGACGGAUCCACACGUACUUGGAAUUAAUAGGAGCAAUUAACUUUGGCUGUGAACAGGCUGUCUAUAACCGACCCCAGCCAGCUGAUAAAACACGGUCCAGAGAAGGCAAGGACACAGUGGAAGCGUACCAGCUUGCUCAGCGCUUGCAGUCCAUGCGUACAAGAAGGCGGCGAGUGCGAGACCCUUGGGGAAACUGGUGUGACGCAAAGGAUUUGGAAGGACAGACAUUUGAGCAUCUAUCUGCUGAAGAAUUAGCAAGAAGAAGAGAGGAAGAAAAACUGAAACCUGCAAAAUCUUCUAAAGGUUCAAGGCAAAUAAAAAGUUCCUUUGAUCCCUUUCAGCUGAUACCGUGCUGUCUGUUCACUGAAGAAAAACAGGAACCUUUUCAGGUGAAAGUGUCUUCCGAAGCACUUCUAAUAAUGGAUUUGCACUCUCAUGUGUCUAUGGCAGAAGUAAUAGGGCUGCUGGGUGGAAGAUACUCUGAAGCUGAUAAAAUUGUAGAAGUCUGUGCAGCAGAGCCAUGCAAUAGUCUCAGUACAGGACUGCAGUGCGAGAUGGAUCCAGUAUCCCAAACACAGGCCUCGGAAACGCUGGCUGGCAGGGGAUACAGCGUCAUCGGAUGGUACCAUUCCCACCCGGCCUUUGACCCCAACCCCUCCAUACGGGAUAUUGACACUCAAGCUAAGUACCAGAGUUAUUUCUCCAGGGGUGGUGCCAUGUUCAUCGGAAUGAUUAUAAGUCCUUACAACCGAAAUAAUCCUCUUCCGUAUUCUCAGAUUACUUGUCUAGUAAUUAGCGAUGAGAUCAGUUCUGAUGGUUCCUACCGCCUGCCCUACAAAUUUGAAGUACAGCAGAUGUUGGAAGAACCUCAGUGGGAAUUAAUAUUUGAAAAAACAAGAUGGAUAAUUGAAAAAUACAGAUUCUGCCAUAGCAGUGUCCCCAUGGAUAAAAUUUUUCGUAGAGAUUCUGACCUGACUUGUUUGCAGAAACUUUUGGAGUGCAUGAGGAAGACUUUGGGCAAGGUAACAAACUGCUUCAUUGCAGAAGAGUUCUUGACUCAGAUAGAAAACUUAUUCCUUUCCUCCUCCAAGAAUGAGAAAAAGAGUAAUGCCGAAGAAAACGAGAAUGAAAGUUCAAACGUGUUGCCAGUGUGA